GAGGGAGCUGCUGCCUUGGGCUGGCUUUGCUCACUGUGUGUAGGAAGCAGGUGCUGUGAGACGGUCAGUGUCCCUCCUCAGAAAGCCCCUCGAACUGACCCUCACCAUGAAGAUCCUCAUCGUGCUGGCCCUCAGCUUCUUCGCACAUGCUGGAUCCUUUAAUAUUUCUUUGGUGAAUGAGGCUGACAGUGGCAUUGUUAGGAGUAUCCGUUCGACGUCAGCCAUUGUGGCCCUACCUGCGUGUAGAUUCUCGAGGCAGAGAGUGACGGUCAAUGUUACAAACAGUACAGGAGGCCCAGGGCCAGAACAGGAAAGUUUUGUGAGGCCAAUCUGUCGAUUCAGACGAGGACUGGUCAGCAUUGUGUCUACCAUUAACGGUGCUCGACAAACAUUUGACUUGGGUUACAGACUGAAAAAUCUCAAAGCCGACACAGAAUACAGAGUGGUUUAUCAGAUUGAUGGUGAGGAAAGCAACCCCCUCAGCUUCAGGACCACCUCACCGACGGAUCUGAAUGACAUUGACGCUGGUUUCUCGGGCCGGAGCGGGGCUAUGGUGGUCAUCACUGUGCUACUGGUUAUUGCUAUGGCAAUGCUCAUCGUCCUACUGAUCGUUUCUAUCAUGGUCCGAAGUUAAGCUAUGGCCUUGAAGAAGGAACAAAUACAAUCAGUAACAUAUCAAUGUUCUCCUUAUUAAUUGUGCAUUUUAUAAUUGUGCUCUGCACUUUCAAAUGUUAUGUAUUUAAUUUGUAAUUCAGAGGGGAAGUUACUAAUUGUGAAUGGAAUAUUUCUAUACCGUGUUUUAAUUUUAAAGCAGUAAGAAUUUUAUUUUUCUGCUCUGUGGGGGUCUUUCUUAGGUCCUUUAACCCUCCAUCAUUUCUGAAAUGAUCCUCCAGGCUAGACUUGAUUCCUGCCUGGAUCUCUUGGUUCUGAUCGAUCUGUCCAUGGGGCACAGGUGCCUGGGGGUGAACCCGCUCAGACUGUGGGGCCCUGGGGAAGUGGAAAUGAUGGUUCUGUGCCUCCAUCGAACCUGAUUAAAACACUGCACACUACAUUGUACUCUUAAUUUGUAUUUAAAAUAUAUAUUUAUAAUCCAGCCUCAUUCAAGGCACUCAGAUAAACCAGGGAGCGAGUUCUAUGGGUUUGGUGUGUGUCUGUGUGUGUGUCCGUGUGUGUGUGUCUGUGUGUCUGUGUGAGUGAGUGUGUCUGUGUGUAUGGCCGUGUGUGUGUGUGUGUGUUGGACUCUGUCUCUGUGUGUGUCCAUGUCUGUGUGUGUGUGAGUGUGUGCUUUUUGCUAUGAGUGUGGAUGAGUGACUUUUUGUGAAUGACAUGUUUUGGCGUUUCCCUCUGGUGUUGGUGUGAGUGUAAGAUUAGUGAGUGUGAUCAAGUCAUGUGCACAAUUAGGUAUGAAAGUUAAAGCUGGGUGCCUUGUGCCGGAGAACUAGUAUCAACUGAAUCCAUAUGGCAACAGGAGAUGCUUCAGAUCAAUCUGAGCACAUGUGCUGCUGGAAUGUGCCACAGUGCUGGGAUACGGUGGGAGCAGGAGGCUGUGAGUUUGACAUUCUCAGCUCUCAGGGACUUCUCUGAUACUAUUUUGUUUAAAUGUAAAUGACUUUUAUUGAAAAAUAAAUCAAAGACCGUAUGUAGUA